AUGAUUGCGACAGAGAGCAGAACUGUUCUAUUGAAGGUUGCAGAUCUGGAUGAUGAAUUUGCUGAACUGAUUCUAGGAGAAUACAGUGAAAAUUUUGACCUAAUACCAUCCAACAAGCUACAGUCUGCCAUACGCAGAGUCACCCUCGCUCAGAAAGCUGUACCAGUGCUCUGUGGCAGUGCAUUGAAGAACAAAGGAGUGCAGCCAUUACUGGAUGCUAUUACUCUGUAUUUGCCCGCACCUCAUGAGCGUUCCUAUGAGUUUCUACAGUGGUACAAUGAUGAUGACCUAUGUGCCCUGGCAUUUAAAGUUCUGCAUGAUAAGUGUCGUGGACCAUUAGUUUUCAUUCGCAUUUAUUCAGGUUCACUGAAACCUCAGUCGGCUGUAUAUAAUAUUAACAAAAGUUGCACGGAGAGAAUGAGCCGUCUGCUCUUGCCUUUUGCUGAUCAACAAAUUGAAAUACCAUCACUAAUGCCUGGAAACAUUGCCCUUGCUGUUGGCUUAAAACAGAGUGCCACUGGAGAUACACUAGUGUCAUCAAAAGUUUCAGCUGUAGCUGCAGCACGCCAAGCUGGAAGAAGCGCUGGGGGAGAGCAGAGGAACACUGGUGACAUAGAGAGACUUCUGCUGGCAGGUGUUGAGGUUCCGGAGCCUGUCUUCUUCUGUACCAUUGAACCUCCUUCAAUGGCCAAACAACAAGGUACAGUGUAGCUACAGAGGAGGAAAGGCGUUUUAGAUUGUGGUUGUCAGUAUCUUUGCUAUUACUACUCCAGUGAUUUUUGUGUUUGAGAAAAGUGGUAAUUCUUAAUUUUGAAGGCAUAGAGGCAUUUGUCUCCCAGAAUCAUAGAAUGG